AUGACGAGACACAAAUCCCAAGUCAGUCUGCUUGCCACAAUGCAAACUCAGACCGUACUUGGAGACUGGACACUGGGUGAGCCAGCAUUGGGAGAGCCUGCUCCUGCCAAGGUUGGAGCUGUGGGACCCUCCUGUUGGGCUACUGGGGCGUUCGGUCCGGGUGUAGCGGAACUUGGAGACUGGACACUGGGUGAGCCAGCAUUGGGAGAUUACGUAGUCAUCAGCCAUCCAGCUGAAAGCUUGGGUUCAGUGUCAAAGACGCCAUUCUGGGAAUGCCACAUGGCAGUUCCAAAACUCUCUGGUGUUUAG